AGCUCGGCGAGGAGCCUGAAGGAGGGUGCACAACAUGGGGGUCACCGUGGACGUGCACCAGGUGUUCCAGUACCCCUUCGAGCAGGUGGUCGCUUGCUUCCUCCGAAAGUAUCCCAACCCCAUGGAUAAAAAUGUCAUCUCUGUAAAAACUGUGGAAGAAAAGAAAGAUGAAUCAACAGGACUCAUCUAUAGAAAGAGGAUUGCUAUCUGUCAGAAUGUGAUUCCAGAAAUUUUAAGAAAGGCUUUAAGCACUCUGAUGAUUCUGUGUUGGAUGGAGGUGAGUAUUUUAAAGGUACCUGAUAUCCGGCUAGAAGAAGAGUCAUGGCUCAGCCUUCCAAAAAGGAACAUGGCUAUCCGGAGUCAUUGCCUCACGUGGACACAGUAUGCAUCCAUGAGGGAAGAGUCUGUCUUCCGGGAAAGUGUGGAAAAUCCAAAUUGGACAGAGUUCAUUCAAACAGGCAGAAUUUCAAUCACAGGGGCUGGAUUUCUCAACUGUAUUUUGGAAACUUUUGCUAGUACCUUCUUAAGACAAGGAGCCCAGAAGGGAAUUAGAAUAAUGGAGAUGCUGCUAAAGGAACAGUGUGGUUCCCCCUUAGCGGAAUAAAAAAUCAUCAGGAAGCUGCCAUUGUGUCUACUCUUCCUCGAGACUCACUUCUUGGCCACAACAUCAUACGCACAAUUACUGGAUGCAGGUUUCAGGACAGAAUCAGUGGCUUAGAGAAGAGGGGACCUUCCAGCUAGAACACAGACUUGACACUCCCCUUUGGGGCCUGCUUCAAAUCAUGGAACUCAUGAAGAUGAGACCUUUUCAGCUGACGUUUUAUGACACGGUCUCUUUACAAUCUUAUAAAUAAAGGGAAAAAACCUAUCAGAUGAGAUUUAUGAUUUUUCCAGAUGUUUUGCUGAUUCCCUGUGAUGGUGUCAGGGGAGCCAAGAGCAAGAGCUCAGGGAAGUACCUUGUGCCCACAUGCUGUCAGCAUCUGUAUUUGGAGGAUCCAGGAGAGGAUUCUGGGAAUGAUAAAGAAGUCCAUCCCGGUACCUCUUUCUAGAGAGCUGGAAUAGAAAGACAAUGUGCCAGACCCAUACUGAAGCUAAGCCACACGUAUACCAUAGUGAAUCUAAACUACAUGUAUACCAUGGUCAGUUAAGCCAUGUGCAUAUCGUAGUUAGCUAAGACACAUGUGUGUGGAUUUUUGAUAUUCUCAGAAGUCAGUUGAGCUUUUAGGAGAUAACACAUAAACUCUGACUUGCUCCCCUUCGAGAACAUGGAGUGGAGAGCAUAAGGCAAGGUCUGGCUGUAGCUCCUACUAACUUGUUUUGUAAUAGUGCACAAAUUCUCCAGUUCUCUUUUGACCAGAAAAGUGUGAGCAAUCAGACAUAGUUCUCUCUAUCUGUAGGUUUAGUUUGAAGAGUACAAGUUUAGGGCCAGUUGGAUUGGUGUGAAUUAAAUCCAGCUUCUCCCACUGAUUAUUUAGUGGGCUUGCACAUCAUUUGAAAACCUCUCCAAAGUUAAUUUAAAUCAAAAUCGUGAAAUGAUGUAAUAGCUUUAAAAUGAGGUUAUUUGACUGACCUGAGAUGGU